CGGAAAUCCACUAUAGCCUAACCGACUGAGUUUAAUUUCCCUUUUUCUUCGUGCUUUCGUUCCUUCCAGGCUAUAGACGCGUAGGUUUUAGCUGGUAGAUGUGUCAUUUACGGGCAUCGUACGAACCGCAUGGAAAUAGAUAUCGAACAAGCCUGAUUUAGAAAUCCGCACGCGACACGCUAUGUACCCAUCAGGGAAAGAACAAUGCAUGAUAGAACGGAGCAGCUAGACUUGAGACAUCACGACGUGUAUUGUCGAAGACGUGACGUGGACGUUCCUGUCUGUUUCUUACUACUUCGAGCACGCGCCACGUGGAUCUCGCCAGCCCUAAUAUAAUCUCUUCGCUUCUUCGAAUCGUUAAUACGCGAGAAAGAAUAGAUCCAGAACGCUAUAAUGCACUAGAUACGUGGAAAACUAUCAGAUAGAUUGAAAGAAUGAAAGCUAAGAAGCCGUUUAAAUCCGUGGAGGAUGGUCUUAAAAAUUUCGUAUUAGAUCAGACUUUAACACAGUCCCUGAGAGAUACAGAUGAUACAAAGAUGACUUUAAUCUAUGCUGCUAUUCCAAUUUUUAUAUAUAAAUACCAUACAAAAAACAGGAGAAAUGCGAAAAAUAUUUCGUGCGUAUCUCGUACAUGAUCCACGACCUCCGCACGGUUGGAAACUAAAGUUCAUCGCUCAAUUUCAAAUUCCGGCGUUUCGUGACCAGGAGCAACAGCGCUCUCACUCGCCACCUUCGUUCGUUCCCACGAGCGCGAGAUUACGAAAGGAUACGAAGAUCGGAUUUAGAAAUAGAUAUCAACGAACCGAAUUUACCGAGCACCAAAAGUAAAUUGCCGAUCUAGCCUCUUUUCUUCGUCUAGAUUUCGAUCAACUAGCUUCUCGUGACCGCAAACGACUUUGUCCGUUUCGUUAAAGCCUGCUUUGUCGAUCCUUUGGGAUCUUUGACGCGUGGCAGCCACGCGAAUUCCCGCCAAUCUUGCUCGAUUGAACCGCGCGAAAUCACGAACCUAGGCCACACGAGAGAUUCCUCGCACGAGAACCGACACGAGAAUUAACCGUAACGUGCUGAUCCAACGGCACGAUCGGUGUUACAGCCUUUAUCCACGUAGGUGGUAACACCCACCAUAAAAGGUAGUUUAGACCCAGAGGAAAGUCAGUCUGUUGCCACGUCUUCUGCUUAGUGGAUCAGCGCGUUUCCUCUUUCGGAAUGGCUCACGGGGAGGGUCGAGAUCCGUUGGAACAUACCAGCCUCUAUCAAAGAGCUGAGAGCGAGGACAGUGAUACAGAAGGAGGUAUGGGAAACGUGAACAAAAUGAUAAUGCGACCACCGGGACACAGCGGAAAGGCGAAGAAAGGACACAUUUGUUUCGAUGCCUCGUUCGAGACCGGUAACUUGGGCAGGGUGGACCUUAUCUCAGAAUUCGAGUACGACCUGUUCAUCAGGCCUGAUAUCUGCAAUCCGCGACUUCGCCUGUGGUUCAACUUCACCGUGGACAACGUGAAAGCGGAUCAACGAGUGGUCUUUAACAUAGUUAACAUAUCGAAGAGCGCAAAUCUGUUUCGAAACGGAAUGACGCCGUUGGUGAAGAGCAGCAGUAAACCAAAGUGGCAAAGGAUUCCCAGAGACCAAGUAUUUUACUACAAAUCGGCGCAGCACCAAAACCACUACGUCCUCAGUUUCGCCUUUUCUUUCGACCGUGAAGAAGAUGUGUAUCAAUUUGCUUUGACCUAUCCAUACUCGUACAGUCGCUAUCUGGCACAUCUGGAUAAUCUUUGCACCAGGUUAACGUGUACAAACAGGGAAACCUUAGCCACGUCGAUACAAAAGAGGAAAAUCGAAUUGGUCACGAUAACUUCAAAUCUGGAAGACUCUCAAGAACAUUCAAGGAGGGUGGUGGUCGUUCUUGCCAGAGUACAUCCAGGCGAGUCACCCUCUUCCUUCGUUUGCCAAGGUCUAAUGGACUUUCUGGUCAGUUCCCACCCCAUCGCCCAAGUGUUGAGGAAUUAUGUCGUUUUCAAGAUAGUGCCGAUGCUAAACCCUGACGGCGUUUUUCUUGGCAAUUAUAGAUCCACUCUGAUGGGGCAAGACUUGAAUCGUUCGUGGAACAAAAUCUCCGAUUGGCUGCAUCCUGCUCUGGUAGCGAUCAAACCGAUGUUGAAGAACCUCGAUAAGAGUUCCCGUACACCAUUGGACUGCGUACUGGAUUUGCACGCUCAUACCAACGCUACGGGACUCUUCGUUUAUGGAAACACCUACGACGACGUGUACAGGUACGAGAGGCACAUCGUGUUACCAAAGUUGUUAGCGCAACACGCCGAAGACUAUGAAAUAGGGAACACGAUGUACAAUCAGGAUCCCCAUAAGGCUGGGACCGCGCGUCGUUAUCUGUGUUCCAUUCUCAAGGAACAUGUAAAUUGCUACAGCAUCGAGGUAUCGAUGUUCGGAUACACUAGGAAAUCAACGCCUGGAAUAUUCCCGUACACCGAGGAAGGAUAUUAUAGAUUAGGCCGCAAUCUGGCUCGUGUAUUCCUAGAAUAUUACAAACUGAUGGGCAUCAUACCCGCCGGUCUUCCCGAUCAACCAUCAACCAAACGAACAAGGCAAUCACGAACAAGACAUCGAGUUCUUAGAGAACCUAGACCGAAGACAUCCAGAAAACCUGCGCCUAUACAUCUGGCCAGUAUUCACGAGUACUUUCAAGAGGAGACAGAGAUGGCCGCGAGCGGCGGUUACCGAUCGAUGAGCGGCACGCGGAUGAGCCAGCUUGGGACCGGAAUUGGAAGUGGAACGGGCGUCGGCGGGUGCAGGAACCGGAGCUACAGGUUCCGGAGCCCCGGGGCACCGCUCGACAGGGUGCAGGCCCUGUCCAGACAUCCCGCCGAGCCGAGGCUCACCAUUAUCGAUUUCAAUCAGCUGACAAGGGGCGGUUUGGAACUGGCUACCAGCAAGAACAGGGCAAAGGUCGCUCGAAAAGCCGCGAAGUUGAACAGAUAGCGAUCUCCAUUUUACCUCAAAGCGUCGUCUUAGCACCGAUAAUCGAUAGGUAAAAUAAUUCUUUAAAAAGAACUUCGAAGCGUCUGAUUCGAUUUAACUAACGUGAACCGCUAGAUUUAGACUCUUCUUUGCGCAAAGAAAUUUUUAAAGAAUGCUACGAAUUAAAAAUUUCUCCCUGAAGCUCUACGAUAACGUGUACUCGCGGUCUUUCAAGAAUUUGUAGGUGAUCGAUCGACGAAAGAAGAAGAGAAUAGCAAUGUAACGUAACCAUGUGUAAUCUGAACCCAAUGUCGAUCGUAUCAGUUUCGUAGAGAAGCUUCUUUACACGGUGGUGUAGGUUAACGAUUACCUCAAUGUACACACAGAAUUGAUGGAUCGAGUGGUAUACGAAACUGCCCAAUGCCAAUAACGUCAAUCGGUGAUUCGUGUACGCUGUAUCGAAUCAUAAAGAGUCGAUUUGUAGAGUUGUUACGUUCUUUUAUUCCUAUACACGCGCCACUUCCUUUACGUACAUAUUUCUUAGUACGCCCGACCGAUCGGUUUAUUCACUGAAAACUAUUUUUACAAAGAUGUUCGCGUUCCUUUGGUUUAACGACAAUAAGUCGAGACUCGUAUUGUAUAGCAACUUAGAAUUACAACAAUAAAACAAACAUAUAAAUGCUAA